CUCACAUACAAUCCAUUCAGAAACAUAUUGAAUACACCUGAUCGUUUUUAAAAUCAUCAACUCCCGGAAGAGCCCCAGUUCGCUGCUGUUCCUCUGUAUGUCCAAGAUCUUUUCUUCAAUUGCAGUUAACAGAAUUUUCCGACAAAAUGAAGAGCCUGGUGUUAAUACUUAUUUUGUCCGUGAUGUUUCAAGCCAAAGCAAAGAAGAAUCCUGAUUACAUUUACAAAGCGGCUGCCCAGAUUUGCAAGCCGUAUUUCCUCCAGUGCAAACAAAAUCCCGAUAGAGGGAUAAGCGACUGCUUUCAGGAUGUGUACAAAACCUGUAUUCCGUCGUUCCGUGAGGAAUUUCAGGCCAUCGAGAAAUGUGUUGUUGACGCUGGAGAUAAUUUGGAGUCUGCGAUGACGUGCACUAAAGGAUUCACAGAAGCCUGAAAGGCUCUUUUUCUCUCAACCAAGGAAUUAAAAAAGGAACAGAAUGUAUUUAGUAUAGGGGUUAAUAUAUGUUAAAAAUCAAACAAGAAUCAGUAGAAAUGUCCCAAUCAAUUUUAGAAGAUUUACUUUCAGGCAUGUAUAUUUGUUUGUUUUAAGUAUACAAAGGCGGUCUAGGAAAUAAAGGUCUUUGCAAAUUA